CAUUCCGAUCACGAGCAAUGAAAUAAGAGACUAGCCAACACGCAAAAAAGUCACGCCGCCGGCACCUGCCGGAGUGGAGGGAGUACUCGAAGCGGGCGGAGUCGGCGACUGGACACGUCAACACCCACCCGAACACUAGUAGUGGCAGCGUCGUUUAUUAGCCGUCACACUCCACCCUCGGCCUGCCGAGGAGAAGCUGAAGAUGGAUGGAUAGGGGAUAGAACGAGUGAGAUCAGGCGGCCGGGAGGACGUAUCUAUCGAUGGAGAUCGGGCCGUUCGUGGAGGGUGCUCCGGCGGACGGCGGGGAAGGUUACAGCGGCCGCGUGACGCCCUUCGUGGUGCUUUCCUGCGUUGUUGCCGGCAGCGGCGGCGUCCUCUUCGGAUACGACCUCGGCAUCUCCGUCGAUGUGUGUCUGAUAGGUGGUGUUACCUCAAUGGACUCCUUCCUGAAGAGGUUCUUCCCAAAGGUGUACCGUCAGAAGCAGGACAGCAAAGUGAGCCACUACUGCGAGUUCAACAGCGAGCUCCUCACCGUGUUCACGUCCUCGCUCUAUAUCGCCGGCCUUGUUGCAACUCUGGCUGCAGCAUCCAUCACAAGGAGGUAUGGCCGCCGCACGUCAAUGCUGAUCGGUGGCACUGUCUUCAUCGCCGGCUCAGUGUUCGGUGGUGCAGCCAGCAAUGUCCCCAUGCUCCUAGUUAACAGGAUCCUACUGGGAAUUGGUCUGGGUUUCACUAAUCAGUCAAUCCCAUUGUACCUGUCAGAAAUGGCGCCACCCCGAUACCGUGGGGCAAUCAACAAUGGCUUCGAGCUUUGCAUCAGCCUUGGCAUUCUCUUUGCAAACAUUCUCAACUAUUUUGUCAUAAAAAUUAGAGCAGGAUGGGGAUGGAGGAUAUCCCUGUCCAUGGCUGCACUGCCUGCUGCAUUCCUAACCAUCAGCGCAAUCUUCCUCCCUGAGACGCCAAGCUUCAUAAUCCAAUGUGAUGGCAACACGGACAAGGCAAGGGUACUGCUCCAGAAGCUGCGUGGAACAACCUCGGUCCAGAAAGAGCUUGAUGACUUGGUCUGUGCUAGCAACCUCUCAAGAGCAACCAGGUAUCCAUUCAAGACCAUACUCAAGAGGAAGUACAGACCACAGCUUGUAGUAGCACGGCUGAUCUCUUUCUUCAAUCAGGUUACUGGGAUCAAUGUGAUGAACUUCUAUGCACCGGUCAUGUUCAGGACAAUCGGUCUCAAGGAGAGCGCAUCCCUCUUGUCCUCGGUGGUGACACGCCUAUGUGCAACAUUUGCCAACAUCAUAGCUAUGAUGGUGGUUGACAGGUUUGGGCGCAGGAAGCUCUUCCUUGUAGGCGGUGUGCAGAUGAUACUUUCGCAGUUUACUGUUGGCGCAAUCCUGGCUGCAAAGUUCAAGGACUAUGAGGAAAUGGAUGAUGCGUAUGCAUACCUAGUGCUGAUCACAAUGUGUGUGUUCGUUGCAGGAUUUGCAUGGUCAUGGGGCCCUCUUACUUUUUUGGUCCCUGCUGAGGUUUGUCCACUGGAGAUCAGGUCCGCAGGGCAGAGCAUUGUGGUCGCUGUGGUUUUCUUGAUGACAUUUGUGAUUGGCCAAACGUUUCUUGAGGUCCUUUGUCGCAUCAAGUCGAUGACGUUCUUCGUCUUCGGUGGAUGGAUCUGCUUGAUGACAUUGUUUGUUUAUCUUUUCCUGCCUGAGACAAAGAAGCUGCCCAUGGAGCAGAUGGAGCAGGUCUGGAAGAAGCACUGGUUCUGGAAGAAGGUUUUAGGGGAAGAAGCGGAUAAGAAAGAAGCAGAAGCAGAAGCAGGAAAGAGAGCUUUGUCGGGCUUGUAGUCCUUUUCUCAGUUGGUUGUAUUUGAUCAAAACUGCAAACAAAACAUAGUAUACGACUUCGACAAGCUGAUGUAAAUAUACAUUUGCAUGUAAAUCGAGUUUAUCAGUCUGCCGUUGUUGUCAGUUCCUACAACUGACCGUUCCAAAUGGUAAAAGAGUACAGAAGCACUGAUAUAACAAGAAUGUUGAAACAGCACUACUGUUUCUUGUUUUAUGUUCAGCUGUAAAAGGGAAAUUUACCAAACACGUUGAUGAUGCUGACAGGACUGAUCAGCAUGAUGACAAACACACGCUACUGGUAAGUUACUUCAGUACAGAGAAAAGGAUUAGUGAAGUGUAUUUGUUCAAACCUGCAAGGGAAACAAAAGGAUUAUGAUUAGCUGAUGCAAGUACAGAAUUGUAUGUAAUAUACAAUUAACUUAUCUGUUGUCAUUGUCAAUAGUUACAGCUGGCCAUUCCAAAGAUAGGAAUCAAGAAAUGAUAUAGUACAUAUGACAAUGUAGAAACAGCCGUGCCCUUUUGUUUUUUA